CACCUCUGGCCACGAAAGCUACCGUCCCAAAAUCUUCCCUGAAUCAACAACCCUGAACCCCUACGGUUCGUUGCAAUGCUCCUCCGCCGCCGCGCCCCUCUCCUCCUCGCGGCUGCGGCGGGCGCAGGCGCAUCCCUGGUUGCUGCGUCCUCCCCCUCCGCUGACGGUAGCGGCGCCACCUCCGCGCUCCACAGCGUGGCCCGCUCCUCCCACGCCAUCUACACGAUUGGUUUCGUGGUCGUGGACUACAAGUACUCGCUGCGGGGGCUCGCUCCUGGUUCAGCGGAUUACCGGGUUAGGCUGUCGGAGGUUCACUUGAGGUCUGCAAAAAAGCUACUUAAACUAUGUGAAGCGAAUAGAGGGUUUUAUGUAAAAGCUGGUCAGUUUGUAUCAUCGCUAAGACAAGUACCCAAGGAGUACACAUCAACUCUCUCCUGCCUGCAGGAUCAGGCAACUCCAUGCAAGUUUCAAGAUGUCAAAAUAGUGAUAGAACAGAAUUUUGCCAAGGAUAUACAUGACAUAUUCCUGGAAUUUGAUGAACAUCCGAUUGCUGCUGCAUCAAUUGCUCAGGUUCAUCGAGCUCAGUUGAAUAAUAACCAGGAAGUUGCUGUAAAGGUUCAGUAUCCUGGGUUGGAGCAGCGAAUGAAGCUAGACAUAAUGACUAUGUCUGUCUUGUCAAAAUCUGUCUCUUUGAUAUUUCCUGAUUAUAGGUUUGAGAAGAUAGUACUUGAAUUUGAGAGAACCAUGUCAAUGGAACUAGAUUUUACCCAAGAGGCUAAGAAUUCCGAGAGAACAGCUAGCUGCUUCAGGAAAAACAAUGUUGUCAAAAUACCUUAUGUGUAUCGGGAACUGACAACCAAAGAGGUCUUAACAAUGGAAUUUUGCUAUGGCCACAAGGUCGAUGACUUGGACUUUCUAAGGAAAGCAGAUAUCAGUCCUACAAAGGUUGCUAAAGCAUUAAUAGAAUUAUUUGGCGAAAUGAUAUUUGUGCAUGGUUUUGUUCAUGGUGAUCCUCAUCCUGGAAACAUAUUAGUUUCUCCUCAAGGCCAAGGGAGGUUUUCCUUAGUUUUGUUGGAUCAUGGAAUUUAUAAAGAAUUCGAUCCAAAGUUUAGACUGGAUUACUGUCAGCUGUGGAAAGCAUUGGUAUCGUUGGACGCACAAAAAAUUCUGGAAUUAGGCGAACAGUUUGGUGUGGGAAAAUAUGCAAAGUACUUCCCUUUAAUAUUCACUGGAAGGACUAUAGACAGCAAAUCAGCUCUUGGAACACAAAUGUCUAGUGAAGAGAAAAUGCGUUUAAAGCAAGAUUUGAACUCUCUUGGAAUGUAUGAUAUAUCUUCAUUUAUGGAAUCUUUGCCACCUGACUUUCUGGUCAUACUUAGAACAGAUGGACUACUGCGGUCCAUUUUAGGGAACCUAGGGGUGCCACGCCAUGUUCGACUUCUUGCUUACGCAAAGUGUGCCAUGUACGGCCUUGAGGAACAGUCCAGAUUGGAGUCCGGUGCAAUCACCCGUGUAUUCUUGCGAGUCAAAACAAACAUUAUCUAUCUCCGUCUGAGGAUACUUAUUGAAUUGGCGGGGCUGCUGGCGCAGUUCAAUGACUACAAGCGUAACGUCAUGGAGAAAUUGAGAUGGAUGCUCCGGAAGAUAAGUCUGAUGUGAAGUCCUCAAGUUUGACGAGUUUGGCAUAUGGGGGCCAGGAAGGAGGCCAUCUGAAAAAUGAUCACGCACGCCUUGAGGGGAGCUCCUGGCUAAAUUCAGCAAAUUGUACAAUUAGAUUGUUUCGAUGCUGAUGCUACUACAUUAAUGAGUAAAUUACAUAAAACCUCAUAUUCACGUGCACUUAUUACAACUUGCCAACUUAUGAACAUUUCAUCCCAAGACCAUAGCCUCAGCACCAAUCUUUACCAAAAAAAACCAAAUGGCUCAGUUGAUGGCGUUUCUGACAAGGGGGCCCACAAGUCAGUGCCAUGUGGCAGUUUUGCCCCGCGCAUUGCCAGCGUGGUGAUAUUCCUGUCGUGCGGCCCUUAAGGGUUGUUACCUUCCCGAUUUGCUCCGUCUCUACCUCUUGCUCUCCCUCUCGACCAACAGCUGCCGCUGUCGCCAUUGUCGACACAGCGGAGUUGCCGCUGAUGUCGUGCUCCUGGACCAGCGACGGGGUUGCUGAGAGUUGUGGAAGUUGCAGUGAUAGGAACCAGGUUCCAGACUUUGAGGAGGUUUCUUCUCCGGUGCUUUCGAUUCCUUUCUGGAUAGAAGAUCCUAAUUUCUGCGGGGAACAGGAUGGAUUUGCUUGCAAGUGCGGGUUAAGGCUGGGUCAACGGGUGGCGUUUCAAGGUGUUGAUCUUGGGCGACGUUUCGUGUCAUGUCCAAAGGUGGACGAUAGCAUGUGUGGUUUCAUGGUUUGGAUUGAUCCAGAACAUUCUAUGUAUGUGAAGACUGGGCUCGAACGUUUGUGGUCACUGUUUAAUGAAGAGCAGCAGAAACAGAGUGAUUUUGUAUCUCAGGAGAGGGAGGAUAAGGAAUUGGCACAACUAGCAAUCUGGAAGAAGGAGCAGGAGUUGAUGCAGAUGCAGCAUGAACUAGCAUGUGCGCAUGAUCUACAGAGGGCUUUGGAGCUAUGCAAGAAGUCAGAAGAAGAACAGGCUGCAAUUGAGUGGAAGUUAGCAGAUAGCAUAGCUAAAAUGGAAGCAAUGCAGAACAUGUCAAAGCAGAAAGAAGAUAAGGGUAAAUCCAUCAUCAUGUUGUGCUUUGGUAUAAUUCUCGCUUUAUCAUUCAUGGUGUUUCUUUUGCACUCAUCCAAGUCCUGUCACUGCCACUGCCAGAUGUAAGGUGUAUUCUGAGUAGUAGUUGUCCGUGAUGUGCGAACCUAUGAGUAAUCUGAACGUGUUAGUAGUGGCAGCUGAUGAAAGUAUUGGUGUAUGUUUGUUUGUUUAAUCAUGUGAUAUUUGUGGCUAAAUGGUACCAAAAGGCUGUAAAAUUUUAUGGAUUUUGAAAUGAAGGUGCUCAGAAAUUUUUAAGAAA